AUGCAGAUAAUUUUGAAGGUUCACUGUCAGAUGUAUGCAACUUUUGGGAACAUGUGGAACCUAGUGAAUUUAAGCUUGUUUGACUUGCCUGAAAAUGCCAUGGAUGACAAUGCUGCAUCGGAAUGCAUAGCGCAACCCACGGAAGCUAAAGAGGUUGGACCGCGCUUCAUGCGACCUAAGCCCAAGGCAAAGGCUACGCCUUCCGAAGUUCUGUCCUCAGUUAGCUUAGCAGUCAAAAGAACGGCGGAUGAGAUGGCAUCAAUGCAAAUUCACAAACUCAUUUCAGAUGUUAAACAGCCAUGGCAAAUGGGACCGCUGUCAAGCUUGUUUUCGAAGCCAAAACCCUUUUGGGAACGACUGCAACGUCAGAACAAGAUGUCGCUGCUUGUUGAAGCUAUGAGGUUUGCAGACAACUUGAUGGGCUUCACUCAGGUGCGAUUGCAAGACAUGCUGAGUUCAAGGGUGACGGGGGCCGCUUACUCAUUUUUCAUGACGAAACGCAUCAGGAAACCUGCAGAAGUUUCGACAGUGACUGAAAUUUCGGAGCUGGAACGCAUUUGCAUGCAUGAUGAUGCACUUCACCGGCGCGUCAUAGCUGGUCACCUCUUGUUCAGCUUCGCAGCUGCGGCACGUUGGCAUGACUCUAUGUAUGUUGUUGCACUGGACUCGUCAAAGGCUGGUGACAUUUUUCUUUUGGAGGCCUUGACAUCGAAACACAAGUCGUCCAGGGGUAAGGAGCAACAGAUGGAGCUGCUGCCGUUCACUGCCCUGGGAAAGAUCACAGUUGAUGAUUGUUGGGGGCAAUGUUGGAUGGAUGCCAGAAACGAGAGCCAUGCAGACACCUGGAAUGAAUUUUUGUGCUCGUGGUCAGAGAGCGCACACCUCUGGGUGGAGUCAAGAAUGUCAACUGCCGAAGCGACUGGAUGGUUGAGGGAGCUGCUUGAACCACAUGCUGGUCCGGACCGCGCUAGCAAAUUGACGGGUCAUGGCCUCAAGGCAACUCUCCUGAGCUGGGCUGCCAAAAGCACAUUGUUCAGUGCCGAUGAACAAUUGGCCUUGGGACACCACGUGCAUGCUCAGUACCGUUCAGCCAUGAUUUAUUCUAGGGACAAUCAGAUUGGACUGUGCAAGAAGCUGCAUGAAAUGUUUGGCAAAAUCAGGGAUGGAUUGUUUGAUCCUGACGCAACCCGUGUCAGCCGCCUUUUCCAGUUGGCUUAUGCAACGAUGCUGGAGAGUCAAGGGGAUGACAGCGACAGUGAUGCCACAACAGACUCUGAUGCUUCCUCAGUUGCAUCUUCGGAUGGUGAACACAACGACAUUGCCCAAAAGCCUGGUUACAAACGCUUGGAUGCUGAUGAUUUGGAGGUUGAGUUAUGUCUCAUCAACAACAAUUCCAAAGUGAUCCACUUACUGGUCAGUGAAGAUGAAAAAUUUUGGUGUGGACGACACGCGUCUGCAUCCUUUCGGCGAGCUGAGGUGGACGACCUUUCAGCAACAGAAGCGACCACUGACACCUGGCGACCAAUGGCGAUUGACUCAAAGGUGGCCUUUCAGAACAGGGCCGUGGAACUUGGAAUUGCACAGGCAGAUGUGGAUGCGCUGUCAGAUGGUUUCGUAGGCAGGUCGCUGUCGCUGGAGGACCUGAAGUCACGUGCAGACAGGUCAGAAUCAAGUGAAGCAAGAAUACUUCCCUUAGCAGAGAAAAUGGAUCGCAUUGGACAACAGAAAAACCGGCUGACUGGAAUCAGCUUUACACCGCAAAGUGAACCAUCCCAUUCACUUAUUGACAAGGUUUGCCAACAGCUGGAGGACAAUGUUGUGACAUACAUCGAGCUGAACAGGUGUUCUUCACGUCAUGACGAGGCACUGCAUGCCAAGAUGGACACAGCACUCGCCUUAGAUCAGUCUGGUGGCUUGAGACUCAGUAAAAAGCAGAAAGUGGAUGAUGUCAACGUGACGGGUGAGCACAGAUUGCGCCAAGCGUUCCUCAGGCGAUCAUUGGCUUACGAUUUGUCGGGUAUAGCAACUUUUGCUGUGUUGGACUUGUGGACUCAGAAGUUGUUUGAAAAGAUGAACGAGACUCCAGUAGCCCACUAUAGGCACAUCAGCGUCGAGCAGGUGAUCAAUGCUGACAAGGCGCUGUGGGUAAAGGUUUCAAACGAAACACGCGGCAAACUGCAGCCGAAGACGGGCGCCGAGAAGCCCUUUGAUGUUGCCUUCACAAAGUUUUCCGAACACGCUGAAGUUUUGCAGCACCUUAGCCCUCUACAAGGCCCUGGAGGUUACGUGCAUGAUCGUGCACGAACAGCUGCUGCACCUGGAAAGGGUAAGGGCUCAACCAUUCGGACAGCAAAGGGAAGGCAUCACAAGGAAAAGGGAAAACCACACCAGGCAUUGCCGUGCCAGAUGACUGCGAGAUCUUUGUUGAUGGAAAGCAGCUUUGCAAGCGAUGGCAAAUUGGUAGAUGCACAGCCAAAGUCAAGCCUGGGAAGCGAUGCAUGGCCACCUUGGACCACCACCACUGAGAGAUGCGGAACACCUCAUGGGAUUGCCAAACCUGAGACCAGUGGACCAAUUAAAGGCAUAGCUUUCCCCACUGCAGCUGAAGCUGAAUAUCCUAGCUUGUUGUGCGAUAGAAUGGCCAACUGUGUUUUGCAAAUGGCCAAAAAGCUUGGGGUCACCCCACAAAUUCAGCCUCGCCUGAAAGACUUGUUGAAACUUAACAUGGGACAGCAAACAGUGCGUCACCCGCCGCUCAUUCCUGAAUACAAGACCUUCGUUCACUCUGAGUCCCCUUUGUCUGGCUCAGCCUAUAAGUUGCUAGCUGCUCCUAUCCAACGGGGGGCAGAAAACACUGAGCAGCACGAGGACCAGGAAACACCGUGCAAACGGUCCAGAAGAACCUUUAAGUAUGGUGUUUGGCACAGCCCAGAGGAAUUCCUGCAGAAGGCAACUGGCGUUCGACAUCCCAUGGAUUACGAAUCAGUUUUACAUCCCAUUACAUCUGAGGCCAUUGACAAGGUAGUCAACACAUGCCCCACUAAACUGGCAAAGGAAAGGCUGAAGGCUGUCUUCAAGAUCCGCAAGAUGUCUGCAGAGCUGAGCCAAAAGGAGCGUGAUUUGAAAGCCACGAUGCACCCAGACGUCAGAAGAUGUGUGCAAACCAAAAACAUCUCCUUGUUCGAAGGCCUUCUUUCGCAAUUGGGCUACUGGGACUUGGAUGUGGUCAAUCUCUUGAAGCAGGGCGUACCUCUCGUGGGAUUGCAAUCUGCUCCUGAAGGUUAUCAAAAACAGCUGGUACCGGCGAGCAUGACUGAAGAUGAACUCACGAGAACAGCCAAGUGGCGUCGACAAGCAAUCCUGACUAGCUCACGGCGCGUGAAUCCGUCAGAGGAGAACGCCUUGCUUGAGGCCACAACAGAAGAGGCCCAUGCAGUUGUUGGUUUCCAAGUGAACGGAACAUGGAGAUUCUACAAAAGUGUUUCUCUUCCCUUUGGUUGCACUGGCAGUGUUUAUGGUUUUGUGAGGGUGUCUCAAGCCCUGUGGUUCAUUGUUUCAAAAGUCCUUCAUUGCGUCACUUCCCAUUACUUCGAUGACUUCCCAACUUUAGAGCGGGCAGAAGGUUGCAAAGUUUUGACCCUUGCUUUCAGUGCAGUGCUGGAUCUCUUGGGCUGGGAGCAUGCAAAAGAGGGUGACAAGGCAAUCAGCUUUGCGUCAACCUUCGACCUUUUGGGGGUGACUUUUGAUUUAAACGGCUUGCCGAAGAGAACCUUCACGAUUUCCAACAAAGUUUCGCGCAUUGAGAAACUCUGCAAAAUGCUGGAGGAGAUUGAGAAGGACCGCGCUUUGAGCGCUGCUAAAGCGAGCGAAAUCCAGGGUCUUCUCAACUUUGCGGUAAGUUUCUACAUGGGGCGAGGGCUCAAACACCUUGUCUCUGCAUUCAUGCCCUUCGCCGAAGGUCACCACACCCGAAAUCAAGAUGAGCUUGUGAGCCUAUGCGCGUAUGCAAAACUGAUGUUGCAGGGACAGAAACCUCGUGUACAUUCUUUAGCAGAUACAAGCUUACCUAUCCUGAUAUUCACUGACGGUGCCUAUGAAAAUGGCUUGGCUACGGCAGGCGCUGUGGUCAUAGACGGCCCCCUACGAAUGGCAUACGUGGUCACCGUUCCCGAAGCCUUGAUCAAACUGUGGACUAGGGUAGCUGGCGAACAAAUCAUCUCGCAGGUCGAGUUAUGGGCUUUGGUUUCGGUUAGGUGGUGCUUGCGCAAACAGUUGCACGGUCGUCGCGUCAUUGAGUGGAUCGACAACAAAGCUGCCCGCGUCUGCACCAUUAAGGCCAACAGCCCGUCAAUAUCCAUGAAAGUGCUGGCAAGGCUGUUGGCUGACUUGGAACUUCUUUGGCCCAGCUUUUCUUGGACUGAGAGGGUUUGUUCUUUUUCCAACCCGUCAGAUUUGCCGUCUCGUGGAAAGUUGGAAGAAGCUUUACAAAAAUACAACCUCACAGAUGGUGGUAUCCUUGACGCCUCAGUUGACAUGGCAGACCUGGUGCUCAAGUUGCAUCAAUCGCCAUACAACACUGCUCUUCAAGAACUGGGGACUUAA